CUCGUUUACUGCUCCCUCCCUCUGCCCCUCUCCCUCGUCGGCAGUCGGCUACUAUGUCUAUACCCCCUCGGCCCUUCCCUCCCUCUCUGCCGAGCGCUCCUGGAUCUUCUUCCUACUCGGCCGAGCACCGCCACCCAUCACGCUGCCGAGCGUCCAUCGUCCUCCUCCUCGCGCGAGCGCCUCCACCGCAGGUUGAUCUCCCCUUCGAUUCUCUCGCUGCCGACCGUUUCUCCUCCCAUGACACCACGAACGGAUUCCGCCCUUUAGCUCCCCGUUUCAUAAUCUUCCCCAAUCCGUAACUGAGGCAAAAAUCAAGGCCCUACCUUGCCCUACUGGGUCCUCCGCCCAUGGCGUGUGGCGACCUCUCCCUCGCCCGCCACCUGUUCGACCAAAUCCCCGCCCCGGGCAUCCAUGACUACAACGCUCUCAUCCGCGCCUACUCCCUCCGCGGGCCCGCCCUCGCUCUCCGCCUCUACCGCUCCUUGCGCCGCCGCCGCCUCCCGCAACCCAACAACUACACCUUUCCCUUCGUCCUCAAGGCCUGCUCCGCGCUCCUCGACCUCCGCUCCGCCCGCGCCGUCCACUGCCACGCCGCGCGCGCCGGCCUCCACGCCGACCUCUUCGUAUCCACCGCCCUCGUCGACGUCUACGCCAAGUGCGCCUCCUUCCGGCACGCCGCCACCGUCUUCCGCCGCAUGCCCGCCAGGGAUGUCGUCGCCUGGAACGCCAUGCUCGCUGGCUACGCGCUCCAUGGCAAGUACAGCGACACCAUCGCUUGCCUCCUCCUCAUGCAGGACGACCACGCCCCCAACGCCUCCACCCUCGUCGCGCUCCUUCCGCUCCUCGCCCAACACGGGGCGCUCUCCCAAGGAAGAGCCGUGCACGCCUACAGUGUCCGUGCCUGCAGUCUCCAUGACCACAAGGAUGGAGUCCUCGUCGGCACUGCCCUGCUCGACAUGUACGCCAAGUGCGGACACUUGGUUUACGCCUCCAGGGUCUUUGAGGCCAUGGCCGUCAGGAACGAGGUCACUUGGAGCGCGCUGGUUGGAGGCUUUGUUCUAUGUGGCAGAAUGCUCGAAGCCUUCAGUUUGUUCAAGGACAUGCUGGCUCAAGGCUUGUGCUUUCUUUCUCCCACCUCUGUCGCCAGUGCUCUUAGAGCCUGCGCAAACCUAUCUGACCUCUGUCUCGGCAAACAGCUGCAUGCUUUGCUCGCUAAAUCUGGCCUCCACACUGACCUGACUGCUGGGAACUCGCUCCUCUCAAUGUACGCCAAGGCUGGGCUGAUUGACCAAGCGACGACACUUUUUGAUCAGAUGGUCGUCAAGGACACCGUCUCUUACAGUGCGCUUGUAUCAGGUUAUGUGCAGAAUGGCAAGGCAGACGAAGCGUUUCGAGUCUUCAGGAAGAUGCAAGCCUGCAACGUACAGCCUGAUGUUGCGACAAUGGUGUCGCUGAUCCCAGCUUGUUCACACCUGGCAGCAUUGCAGCAUGGGAAGUGCGGCCAUGGUUCUGUCAUAGUCCGUGGAAUUGCAUCAGAAACCUCCAUAUGCAAUGCCUUGAUAGAUAUGUAUGCAAAAUGUGGAAGGAUUGACCUCUCCAGGCAGAUUUUUGAUGUGAUGCCAGCUCGGGAUAUCGUGUCUUGGAAUACUAUGAUUGCAGGAUAUGGAAUCCAUGGACUCGGGAAAGAAGCCACUGCAUUGUUUUUAGACAUGAAGCAUCAAGCUUGUGAACCAGAUGAUGUCACAUUCAUCUGCUUAAUUUCGGCAUGCAGCCAUUCUGGACUUGUGACUGAAGGAAAACGCUGGUUUCACAUGAUGGCACACAAGUAUGGUAUAACUCCAAGGAUGGAGCACUAUAUCGGCAUGGUUGAUCUUUUGGCAAGAGGGGGGUUCCUUGAUGAAGCCUAUCAGUUUAUCCAGGGCAUGCCACUGAAAGCAGACGUUCGUGUCUGGGGAGCCUUGCUUGGAGCUUGCCGCGUCCACAAGAACAUUGAUUUAGGAAAGCAAGUGUCUAGCAUGAUUCAGCAGCUAGGACCUGAGGGGACCGGCAACUUUGUUCUGUUGUCCAACAUAUUUAGCGCUGCUGGGAGAUUUGACGAGGCAGCAGAAGUUAGAAUAAUACAGAAGGAACAGGGUUUUAAGAAGAGUCCUGGCUGCAGUUGGAUCGAGAUAAAUGGCUCUCUACAUGCAUUUAUUGGUGGAGACAGAUCUCAUGCACAAUCAUCUGAGAUAUAUCAAGAGCUGGACAACAUACUGGUAGAUAUUAAUAAAUUGGGUUACCGGGCUGAUACCAGUUUUGUUUUGCAAGAUGUUGAGGAAGAGGAGAAGGAAAAGGCACUUCUUUAUCACAGCGAAAAGCUAGCAAUAGCUUUCGGCGUCCUCACUCUUAGUGAAGAUAAGACCAUUUUUGUUACAAAGAAUCUCCGUGUGUGUGGAGAUUGCCAUACUGUUAUCAAGUACAUGACCUUAGUCAGGAAAAGGGCUAUAAUUGUCAGAGAUGCCAAUAGGUUUCAUCAUUUCAAGAAUGGACAAUGCAGCUGUGGAGAUUUCUGGUGACAGCAAAAACAGUCUGGAGAACGGGCUCCUGGAAUACUUAGAGAAGAUGUACACUUGAGGCAUAACAGGAACAAGUUGGAGUAGAAUAUAUGGUCAGUUCUAAAAAAUGCUAGAUCUGCUGUUAGAUGUUGGGAUAACCAGUUGGUGGUCAAUUGGUUGAAGUUGCUUCUCAAAUACUCCCUCCGAUCCAUAGUAAGUGUCGGGAAUUUAGUACAAAAUUAGUACAACUUUAUACUAAAUCGUCGACACUUAUUAUGAAUCGGAGGGAGUAGAUAACAUGGUCCCAUAUAUAGCCAUUGGUGAUGGAGCCAUGGCACAACCUGUCUUUCUUCCCAUGCUUUCAGUGGUAGUGGCAGGAUACUCGUUAAGCUGAGCAUGUAUGCAUAUCAUUAUAUGCCACCCUCUGUUAGGGUUGGGUACCUGCGCAACUCACCAGAUAGCUAAGAUCCUUGGCUUUCAGUUUUUUCA